CACCCCGAGCGUUAUGCGCUUAUUGGUUGAUCCGGCCUUCGGGUUUCCUGUUCCUUCCCGGCUUCCGUCCUUUCCGGUUGGUCGCCUGGACCGCUCGUCUCUGCCAUGGCCAAGAUCAAAGCCCGCGACUUACGAGGGAAGAAGAAGGAAGAGCUGUUGAAGCAGCUGGAUGACCUCAAGGUGGAACUGUCUCAGCUGCGUGUCGCCAAGGUGACAGGCGGAGCAGCCUCCAAACUCUCUAAGAUCCGGGUGGUUCGCAAAUCCAUCGCCAGAGUGCUGACGGUCAUUAACCAGACCCAGAAGGAAAACCUCAGGAAGUUCUACAAAGGCAAGAAAUACAAACCUCUCGACUUGAGGCCUAAGAAGACGCGUGCCAUGCGGCGCAGGCUAAACAAGCACGAAGAGGGUCUGAAGACGAAGAAGCAGCAGCGGAAAGAGCGCCUGUAUCCCCCUCGGAAAUAUGCCGUGAAGGCAUGAGCCUUGGGUGUGCAACUGGUCCACCGGCUACCAUUUUCCCAUUAAAGGUGUUUUGUCUUUGGAA